AUGGAGUGUGCCCGCAAGUGGUGGAAAGCAAACGCUUUCCUGGUAGCAUUAAUGCUGCGAGUUCUAUUCGGUACGCAGGCAGUUAUUUUUGCCGAACGAACUUCAUCGAACCAUUCUCUCGGGGACCAACACUCCCGGAGCGUCGUAGCACGAUGGAGAAGAAUUUCCAAUUUCGCAUCUGCAAGCGAAGGCGCUGCCGCCCGUGGGCUUUUUACGAUGAUGGUCGUGCUGCUAUCGUCAUGCGUCGGUUUCGGCACUUAUUGGCAUUGGUCUGAUGAAAUGGCGUUGACAAAUGGCAUAAUUGCAUCGUCCAGUUGCCGCAGCCAGGGCUGUACGAAAUCAAAGCGAGCCUUCCGCAUGGAUGUGAUCGGUGGAUUCGCAUUGCCGGUGUUAGUGACCGUUUGCAUUUAUCUUUACCGCUGGAAUAAUAGUGCGACGAUUCGGGGGCUUAAUCGCAAUUUCAAAACUAUCUGCCACAGUCAGCAAAAAUGGCGGGAACACCGGCGGCAAGGCAGUUUCUGGGAGCAGUACGGUCGCCUAGCCACCAAGCAGAUGUUUGAAGUGAUGGCCUUGGGUAUUCUAUGGAUAAAUCUCAGACCCUUCAGCCACAUGCAACACGACAGCGACGUUGAGGAUUAUCAUGUUGGCAAAUUAAUUUCAUCAAUGGCGUCAAUGUUUCCGGCCACCGUCUGCCUGCUGGUAUCCAUUGAAAUGGGCAUAAAUUUUUCAUUAUUAGCUCGCGGAUUAAACACCUUAAACGUUUCGUUCGAUUCUUUCGUACGCUCCAUUCCUGCCGUUGGUGUUGGUGAUGCGAUACGAAGAUUUGAUCGAAGUGCAGCGUGCAAAACUGCUAAACGUACUUAUUUGCGCAAUCUAGUGAUGCAGUUCGAUGAGCAAGGCCAGUUUACGGUCGAAAUGGUGCAGUUUUAUGCUCCAAUCCUGCUAGCUAUUGUUGGAAUGCAUUUUGUACUGUUCACGAUGCAGCUAUUCCUGUGCUAUCGACAAAUGUCGCGUACAACAAGCGAUUCGAUGAACAUCAAUCAACUCGGUCAAACGCUUUUACCGAUGCUGUCUGCCAUUGGCAGCGCAGGACAGAUCAUAUUCCUUGUUGAUAUAGCGGCAGACUUUAAUGGGAAACUGGACGAUUACACGCUACCCAUCUUGGGACGUUUGUCAGCUUUCGCUCAUCAUAAAGAACUUUGCAAAGGGCAAAUGUAUGAUAACAAGGAAUUUGACAAAUGUUUGACAACAUUGUCUUUGAUUGUGAAUAGAGUUCGUGAUGAGACAAGUCUAUAUGGAUACUUUGACUUAGAUCGCAGUCUAGUUAUGACGAUAAUAGCUUCUACUUGCUCAUAUCUGAUCGUUUUAAUGCAAGUGAUGUAA